UGGUCCUUAAUUUGUUGGAAAGAAUGGAUAACGUCUAUCAUCACUACCAUGCAGUUUGUGGGACUUCUAACUAGUGGCUUUAUCGCGGGUCAAGUUGCUGAUCUGAUUGGUCGUAAGCCCACUUUACUCCUGUCCCUCACCCUCCUGGCCGCCAGCAACCUGCUCUGUGCAUUCUCUUCCUCCUGGGAAAUGUUUGCUAUUGCGCGGUUUCUGAUUGGUUUAGCCUGUGGGAUGUUCUUAACGGUGUACUUAAACUUUGUGCUGGAGUUUAUUCCCACUACGUACCGAGCGAUGAUAAUGGCGAUCGACACGUGUCCGAUUAAUGCAGCUCUUCUCGGUCUUGUUUCCUUCUGGUUGAAGGAUUGGCGGUAUCUACAUUUUGCGACCUUUCUUAUAACUCUUCCAUUCCUUUUGGGAAUGAUUAUGGUUCCCGAGAGUUUCCGGUGGCUGGUUUCCCACUUCAAAACUGAGAAAGCCAAGGAAGUUAUAGAGAGAAUUGCUAUCAUAAACGGUAAAGAAAGAACGGAUGUGACGAAACUGAUAGCAAAAAUUCAGAAAGAGACUGAAGAAGUGGUCAAAAAGAGUUAUUCAAUUUUGGAUAUAUUCAGAGACACAACGCUGACGAAGCACUCCUUCUUGCUUUGGUUUAUAUGGCUUUCUACCGGUUAUUCUUACUUUGCCAUUUCAUUUGGUGUGGAGGAGCUAUCUGGAGACCUUUAUCUUAAUAUAAUCCUCCUAAGUUUAGUGGAAAUCCCGGCACAAUUAGCCACAUGGUACCUUAAUAACAGAAUUGGCAGACGUUGGACGUGCUUUAUGUUUUAUUUGAUCGCUGCUGGUGGUGGAUCAACAGUUGGGAGUAUUCAAAUAUUUGAUGCUGUUAACAGCCCAGUUGUCAUUAACUUGUUUGCUAUGAUGGCUAAAUUAGGUGUAGCGGCUGCAUGGGCCGCCCUCAAGACGUUCACCACGGAGACUUAUCCCACCGUCGUCAGAAACAUCGGAUACGGCUGCGCAAUCUCCAUUUCCGGUGUUGGCGCCAUGGUGGCUCCUCAGAUUGUUCAAAUGAGUAAAUCAUUUCCGGGCCUGAUGUACUCCCUGUGCGGCGGCUUGAUGUUUUUGUCCGCCAUAACAGCGGUUCUAGUGCCCGACACGAAGGGAAAAAUCAUGGAAAACAAAAUUUAGUCAAAAAAAUAGAAAAUCUGUAUGAUAUCAGAUGGUGUAAUUAAAGGGAAGAAUGUGUGUCAGACUGAGACAUUGCAGUAGUAUUGAGAAGUCAUUUAAGCAAAGAAGUAAAUCCUUCCAGCAUGAUUUUUUUUCAUAGCCCGAGUUUCCAGUGUGUAAUUUGAAACUA